AUGCCCAAGCGUAUCCUUUUCGUCUACACCUCCGCAAACAAGACCUUGACCGGCGAGCCGACGGGCUGGUACCUCCCCGAGGCGGCGCACCCAUACUACAUCCUCUCGCAAAAGUACGACAUUGACUUCGCCGCCCCCGCGGGGCCCAACCCGCCCGUCGACGAGUACAGCGUCGCAAACUUCAAGGACGACCAGAAGUUCCUCGACGACCCGACCGUGCAGGCCAAGUUCGCGAGCGCGAAGAAGCUGUCCGACGUCCGCGUCGCGGACUACGACGCCGUGUUCUACGUGGGCGGCCACGGGCCCGUGCUCGACCUCGCGACGGACCCGGUGAACGUGAAGCUCGCGAGCGAGUUCUUCCAGGCGGGCAAGGUCACGAGCGCGGUGUGCCACGGGCCCGCGGCGCUCGUGGGCGCGAAGGACGCGAGCGGGGAGAGCAUCUUCAAGGGCCGUCGCGCGACGUCGUUCACGGACGUGGAGGAGGAGCAGGUUGGCAAGGUCAAGGACAUCCCCUUCUUGGUCGAGACGCGCAUCAAGGAGCUGGGUGGCACGUUCGAGAAGGCGGUGGAGCCAUGGGGCGCUCACGUCGUUGUUGAUGGGAACUUGAUCACUGGGCAGAACCCUGCCUCCGCUCAUCCGAUUGGUGAGGCGAUCGACAAGGCGCUCUCUGCGUGA